AUGCGAGAUGAGUUUAAACACAUUCUGGACAACGUUGGGGUGGCGUUAAAAGGCCUUCAGGAGAUGGUGUUCAAGUAUCGUAGCCUUGGAACGAUGGAGAAGAGGACUUGGGAUCGGCUACGUUUCGGGCUCAAGGAGCUGAAUACAACAAGGCAGAAGCUGAUGUUUCACACGGCUCAGAUCGAGCUCUUCUUGAGUAACGUUAUGGUGGAUGCAAUAGGGAGAAUUGAAAGCGUUCUCGAAGACUUAAUUCGAGAAAUAAGAAGCGGAAGGGGGGCACCAGCGAUUCUAUCGAUAGAGCAGAGUGGGGACGAGGCAGUAGUUGGCUGGACGCAACUCGCGAAUGAUUUGUCCGAAUGUGGGAUUCCACUUCCGGAUAUUGACAGACAUCGCGAUGAUAUAGAGGAGUAUCUGGCGCAGCUUACAAGCGGCUUGGAUCUUAACUCCAUUGCUUCACCACCCGGGUUUGAUACCGAUGGUGAUGCUCUCGGGCCUACGGUAGGGCCUGUACCAGAAGACAACUGGGACUCGAUUUCUCAACGGAUGGCUAGCGAUAGAGAUCCCCCUUUUCCGCAGGCAAAUCUUCAGAAGUUGGGGGUUCCCCUACAAUCGGCCACCACUGGAAUCUACGUAAAAAAUGGGUCUAGGCAAUAUUUUGGAUAUAGUGCUAGCUAUACGGAGAGCGAUUCUGGAUUCCGAGCCAUACGUCAUAUGAUUCCGCAUUCCUACCUUCUUAGUUCUUCUUUUUCACUGCAUUAUUUACUCAUAACCACGUAG